ACAGACAGCUGUGAACCGGGAGGCGGGCUGUCUCUCAGUACGAUCAAACACACUGCAGUCCAGCAGGAUGGAUGGGUGCUCCACCAAGAGAGACCGAUGCACGCUGACUCCAUCCCAACCAACGCUGGAUUUCCAAACAGAAGCUGUCAUGAUGGAGACGGAGCAAAAGGCUGGAAACUGUCCCUCACCAGGCCAAACUGCUGUCAAGACCUGGCUGCCCUCCAACACCAGAGGAGUCAGCAGUGCACUCAGUGACUUUACAUCCCGUUUCCAUGGAGACGGGGUCCGCUACAAGGCCAAGCUGAUUGGCAUGGACCCAGUGCCUGCCGCCCAGGGAGAAAAGAUGUGCUGGGAGUCCAUGAUGAAGCUAAAGGGCUUAGCGGAAGCAUCAAGGAAACAAGGGAAACACAAGAAGAGAAUCUGGUUGAAAAUUUGCUCCGGCAACUUGAAACUGGUGGACGAGCGGACCGGGGCUGUUCUUCAUGAACAGGAGAAGAGCAAUAUCAGCUCUUUGACAAAAGAUGAGUCUGACCCCAGAGCUUUGGCCUACAUCUACCAGCAUAAUGAGAGCUACAUCCUCUUCUACAUCAAGACAGCCAAUCAGGCCGGCCCAGUUCUGGCGGACAUUAACGAGAUGUGCCAGAGUGUGGACCAAGAUGCACAAGAAUCUGCACCACCAGCACAAAACAUUUCCUUAUUGCCUUUAAGUGAUAUCAUGGCUGAGGGGUCUGAUCCAGAGGCUGUGUUCAGUCCUCGGCCCGGGUCUUCCAACCAGCUCUCAUCCCAUAACGAACUGAUGGAAGUGUUUUCCACCCCCUGGAGGACCCUCUCACACCCACUCAGACCUUACACGUUAGUCCAGAGCCUCCACAGCAAGCAGCAUAAGCCAAUGCUCUCCACCUCACAGAUCCUCUCUAUGUACCCGACCCAGCCAGCAGGAGGCCCCCCAUACCCUCCCUCCUCCAUGGCCUGGGGCCAGCAGACGCUCAUGGGAAACCCGUGGGCCGGCCCAGGCGGGGCCCCUUGGCCCACGCGCACCCAGCGUGUGUCCGGGUGGGCACCUCCCGGUGUCACAACACUCCCUGCAGCUGGACCUCCGCCUGGAGGUCUGGUGGAAGGUGCUGCAGUCAGCAGCUCCACUUCACCCUCAGCUUUUAGCCAGCCCUUUAAAUUCCUACACUCCCGCUGGAACCGCAGGAGCCAUGCCAUCCGUACCCUUGAGCCAAAAUCCUCUGCUGUGAUGAGCAGGUGUGAGAAGAAAACAUGCUCAAUGUGGCUGUGA